GAUCAAGACACAACUAAGAACAUUCGAAAAGCCGGUUAGACUGAGACUUCGCAAACGGAGAAUAGUGAAAUUCGCACAUAUACACACACAUACUUACAAAGGCUUCGAGCUAUAUAUAUGCAAUUUAUUAUUAUUUAAAUUAAUAAAGACAGAAGACAACAGUAAAAGAAUGUGGUGCAUAUUUUUUUCGAUCGUAUUCCUCGGCAGUUGCAUUUGUCAGAAUUCUUUCGCUCAGGAUGCUUUGCGUGGCAUUGUCUUUCCCGUGGAAAGCAGCGAUAACGCUUGCUUUGUGGAUGCUACGAAAAGGGUGCGCGGCACUUGCAAAAAUCUUGCCGAAUGUGGUUCAGCAUUGCGGCGUUGGAAGAAUCAAAAUAUACGUCCACAAACUUGUUAUUUCAAUAAAUUCGAGCAUAUUGUGUGCUGUGAAAUCGAACGAAGUCCCAUAUUGGAGCCGAUUUUAUAUAUGAAGCCGAUGCAAGUGAAAAGACGAAGUGAAAUGGAAUGUGAAUCCUAUCAAGGCACUGUGCAUUUAACUGUCGUGAAUGGUGAAGCAGCAAAACGUAAUGAAUUCCCCUACAUGGCUGCUCUGGGUUGGCUAUCGAAUACCGAUAAAAGCAGUUCCUUCUUUUACUGCGCCGGUGUGCUAAUAUCGCCGAAAUACGUAUUGACAGCGGCACAUUGCACCGGAUUAGGCGGUCAAUCGCCUACGGUGGUACGCAUCGGUGGCUCGAGUCUCAACGAUCCCCAAACCCCAAAUAUACCAAUAAAGAGAGUCAUAGUGCAUCCGGGUUUUCGCAGCGGCUCUUCAUAUAAUGACAUUGCAUUGUUAGAACUGGUCCAAGAAGCAAGAGAAACUCCUGCUUGCUUGUGGACCCAGUACGAUGCUCCUCAUAAUAAUGUGACAGCACUUGGCUACGGGCACACACAAUUUGCUGGCACCAACUCUAAUGUCUUGCAAAAAGCUGUCUUAUUUCUGGUACCCAACGAUAUAUGCUUACGUUACUAUAUGCCAGAUGAGAAUAUAUUGCAGCAGGGCUUGGCCAAUACGCAGAUAUGCGCUGGCGAUCAGGAGAAUCGUCGGGAUACGUGUCAGGGCGACUCCGGUGGUCCGCUGAUCAUGAAAAUCGAUCGUGACGAAACGUAUUCGUACGUCGUAGGCAUAACAUCGUUUGGCCAGGCUUGUGGCGGGGCUCCGCCAGGUAUUUACUCACGCGUCUCCGCGUACAUUGAUUGGAUAGAGGAUAUUGUGUGGCCAAUAGCACAGCUGAGUGGUUUUGGGGUUAGCGGUUGAAGAUUUAGCCGCAAAAUUGAGUAGAGAGAGGCCUACCUUUACAUAUACAUAUAAUUUCGUAUUAAGUUCAGAGAUUUUAUCAACAAUGUUUUAAUUUUAGGUUAUUUUGUUUUUGAAAGUACAAUUAGAAAAAAGUAUUAUUUAUGAAAUGCUCUUAUUACAUGCGCGUUAUAGCAUAAUCAUAAAAUAUAUGAGUAUAUACAGAGUUGCCAUAAAAG